GCGGCGGGCGCCUCGCGGUGUGUGCGACUGUGGCUGUCAUCACAGAUGGACCCCCAGCUGUCACUCCACUGCUCCGGCUCCUGGCUCAGGCGCGCGCGCGCACGCCCCGGGCCCCGGCGCGCGCCUCUCCUCCCCCCUGCCCCCCUCUCCCGGUCUCCCUCGGUCGGUCCCUCCCUCUUCCCUCCCCAGUUUGUUAUUGACCCAGCAGGCGGUGGCUGCGUUCCCGCUCCCGUGCGCGCGGCGCGCCAGCCGCGCUCUGUUGGGGCCGGAGCGUCGGGACGCGCGCGCCUCUGGCUGGCCGGGGCCGUCUGCUGGUCCCCAGGGCCCCGGAGGGUCUCGGGGAUGGGCCGCAGCGACGCGGUGUCGGGCUCCCGCCGAGGGUGAGGAAAGACCAGCAGCCGGCAGACAGCGCCCUGCAGCUCACUUCCCGGGGGCCCAGAGACUGGGACUCGCGCCCUGCGCAGCGCCCACCCCAGCCCGGAGCCCGGGCCCUGCCUGCCUGCGGGCCAUGGACUAAGGUUCUCCAGAGGCUGUCUCUGCCUGAGGCACGGGCCCUGGAGCCUGCCGUCCACUCAGCAUGCUGGCCCCGGGCAGCGGCGCCCAGCAGAGCAGACGCGGCCUGCCGUGGAGGCAGUUCUCCUGGCUCACCUGCUGGGUCACUGUGUGUGCGGCGGAGGCGCUGCCCAUCUGUCCCUUCUCCUGCAAGUGUGACAGCAGCAGCCUGGAGGUGGACUGCAGCGGCCUGGGCCUCACCGAUGUCCCCCCGGACUUGCCCGCCGCCACCCGGACCCUCUUGCUCUUGAACAAUAGACUCAGCACCCUGCCAAGCUGGGCGUUUGCCAACCUGUCCAGCCUGCAGCGGCUGGACCUGUCCAACAACUUCCUGGACCAGCUGCCCCGCUCCGUCUUCAGGGACCUGACCAACCUGACGGAGCUGCAGCUGCGCAACAACAGCAUCAGGACCCUGGACAGGGACCUCCUGCAGCACUCGCCCCUGCUCCGGCACCUGGACCUGUCCAUCAACGGCCUGGCCCAGCUGCCCUCGGGCCUCUUUGACGGGCUCCCGGCUCUGCGCUCCCUGUCGCUCCGCUCCAACCGCCUGCAGAAGCUGGACAGACUGACCUUCGAGCCCCUCGGCAGCCUGCAGCUGCUGCAGGUCGGGGACAACCCCUGGGAAUGCGACUGUAACCUGCGGGAGUUCAAGCACUGGAUGGAGUGGUUCUCCUACCGAGGGGGGCACCUGGACCAGCUCGCCUGCACCUUACCCAAGGAGCUGAGAGGGAGGGACAUGCGCGUGGUCCCCAUGGAGAUGUUCAACUACUGCACCCAGCUGGAGGACGAGAAUAGCUCCGCUGGGCUGGAUGCCCCUGGGCCGCCCUGCACCAAAGCCAGCCCAGAACCUGCUAAGCCCAAGCCCGGGGCUGAACCUGAGCCGGAACCCAGCACAGCCUGUCCCCAGAAGCAGAGGUACCGGCCCGUGAGCGUGCGGAGGGCCAUCGGCACGGUCAUCAUUGCAGGCGUGGUGUGUGGCAUCGUCUGCAUCAUGAUGGUGGUGGCUGCUGCCUACGGCUGCAUCUAUGCCUCCCUGAUGGCCAAGUACCACCGGGAGCUCAAGAAGCGCCAGCCCCUGAUGGGGGACCCCGAGGGAGAGCACGAAGACCAGAAGCAGAUCUCGUCUGUGGCGUGAGCGCCCCUCCCCACCCGGCCCAGGUAUGCGGGAGAGCGCUGAGCAAGGCUCCAGCCAGGCCGCCCCACUCCAGCACACCCCCGGGUCCUCCCCGCCCUCCGCCACAGGAAGUCUCCCGUGGAAGCCACCCGGGGCCGCUCCUGUCUGGGCCCCCAGAUAUUCGAGCCACUCAAGGACUUCCCUGAGCCUCUGAGCAGAGGGAGAAAGACGCUUCGGGACUGAGCUGCCCCUGUUGGGUGUUCCCUGUCCCGUGCGUCACCAUGGCUGUAAGACAUUCCCUACCUCUAUCUAUCUCACUUCCCGCCCCACCCGCCUCUAGAGGGCAGGAAGGAAGUGAUCGGGGGCCAGGGGCCACUUCCAGUGUCUCUCCUGAGCUAGGGAGGACAGGACCCCCCUCAGUGUGAUCAUUGGCUCCAGCUUUCACUGCUGGUGCCAACGAGCAGUCAGAGUGGCCCUGUUUCCCAGGCACAAGCGGACGCCGGGGCUCAGCUCUCCCUGUAGGGCACCAGGGCAGCCCCCUCCCUGCACCAACCAUGUGGCUCCCAAGCUCGGCCUCCAGCUCCCUCUCUCCCAACAUCCCCAGCACCAUCACAGCUAUUGAAAAUAAUUCCAUGUGCAUGUGUGCGUGCGCACCCAUGCACACACUCAUGCACACUCGGGAGGUAGAGAGCACAGCAGCGAGGGGAGCAGAGAUGGGCCCCCAGACCCCACAGCCCAGCGCACUGGGUCCCCUUAAGUCACCAGCUGGGAGAAACCCAAAGUAGCAGCCCAGGAACCCUUGGCAAUCCCCUAAAGUGGGCCACGGGGGAGGGGGGGCUGUGGGAGGAGAUGCUCAUCACCAUGGCAACCUGCUCACACCUAUUCUACAGUGGUUUCCAGGGACACAGGCCCGGAGGCCUGGAAGUCUGUGGGGAGGGCAGCCUCCCCGCCCCUCCUCUCGCCCCCAGCACAGCAUCACUGCCGGUCCCCACUGCCCCGUCCCACAGCCUGGAAGCCCGCUCCCUCCUCUGUGGACCCGCUCCUGUCUGCAGCCGGGAGACAGGUGGCAGGGAGAGCCGGUGGCAGGCGCGGGCAGCAUGCGGGUGGCCCUGGAGAAAGUUCCCUGCCUGACCUCCAGCACCGAUGACGUCCAGGCAGGGAAAGGACUGCCGCGUUCUGCUCCCUUUCCUGGGGCUGUGUCCGGCUCCCCCAGCCUGGGGUCCUGUCUCCUGUGCCCCUGUCGCCCACACCAAAGGCACAGCACCCCUGCUCGCCCAGCACGAGGCAUGUGCACGGUGCGGGGUCUCUCGUGCUCUUUUCCCGGUCUGCCCCUCCUCGAGGCCUCCCUCUGGGGGGCGUGAGUUUCCCGCAGCUCCCAGAGGGCCGGGCGGCCUCUGGUGGUUUCUGGCUGUUAGACAGGGUCUGUGUGGCGGCCAGGAAGAGGCCGCCAGAAGCGGCCAGGCCGGGAGGAAGGACAGGGCAGGGCCUGUCACCCUGCGCCUCUUCCUCAAUGUCUCAGAAACAAGUGUGAUGGGAGGGGGGGCUGGGGGCCAGGGAGGGCAGGCCAGAGGGAGGCCCCUCACAGAUGCUUCUCAGGCUGCUAACCUUGCCCCCCACCCCACCCCGACCCUGGGGGCUUAGUCUUCCUCCCCACCGGGACACCCUCUUUGAGCUGAUACCAGACCGGAAGGUUUGCUAAAGGGAAUGGCGUGGCGCGGAGGGGGUGCAGCCCAAGGUUUUGUCUUCAGCCAGAGACAGAAGAUUUUUAAAGGUAAAAUUAUAUUUCUGGUUUGCUGUUUCCGAAGACCAAUAAAGACUGUAUUUUCCUAUGUA